AUGGCUGAGCUCAAGUCGCUGGGCAGCGAGGCGUACCUGGCGCUGGCCCCGGGCUACGGGCCCUCGGCUUUCGCCUACGGGGCGGUGCGCGGGGGCGCCGAGGGCCCGCGGGGCGCCUACGCGGGGGGCGGCGGGGCGGACUUCCACGCCGGGGCAAUGGGCAAGUCUGCGGAGAGCAGCGGCGAGCAGAGCGGCGACGAGGAGGACGGCUUCGAGGCGGGCGUGAAGGGCGGCUCGGGCUUCGAGCGAGAGGGGAAGCUGAAGGGGGGAGCCCUGGGCAAGAAGCCCAAGGAGCAGCGCUCGCUGCGCCUCAGCAUCAACGCGCGGGAGCGGCGGCGGAUGCACGAUCUGAACGACGCGCUGGACGGGCUGCGCUCCGUCAUCCCCUACGCCCACAGCCCCUCGGUGCGGAAACUCUCCAAAAUCGCCACGCUGCUCCUGGCCAAGAACUACAUCCUCAUGCAGGCGCAGGCCCUGGAGGAGAUGCGGCGGCUGGUGGCCUACCUGAACCAGGGCCAGGCGCUGAGCGCCCCGCUGCCCGCCACCCUCAACCCCUUCGGACAGUCGCCCGUGUACCCCUUCGGCGGCGCGGCCGUGCCCGGCUGCCCCGAGAAAUGCACUGCCUUCACAGGAGCCGCCUCCGCCCUCUGCAAACACUGUAACGACAAGCCUUGA